AUGCGCCACUUUAAGUGGUUGUUGUUGAAGUUGGCGAUUACAGAAGAGAUUUUCGUUUGUUCUCUCACAACUCUGUUAAAACCUGAUCUGUUGUUCCCAGCAGAAGGAGGAGCAAUGCGAGGAAUCGCUGCAAGAUGGGGUGGACAACUUGGCGUGAAUAUCGCUGCAGCGAUCGGAUUUGCCUCUGGAGGUGGAGCGAUGCUUGGAUUGGAG